GUACUUUUCUCCUCGAGGCCAUUAACUCACCUGAAACACAUGUUGAUCUGAUAAUUUGCUCAUGUUCGAUUCUUUGUAGGCCAUCUAUCUGCGCCAGACUUGCAUCAAGGCCUGCAGUUCCAUAAUCUUAGCCUCAUGCCCACGCAUCAAACGCAUCAAUAUCCGCCACCCGUGUAUACCUCAUCGCCACAACAUGUGUCAAUGAAUCUGCCUGCUGGCUCACCCCCUCCGCCCUCCCCUCACAUGUACGAUCCUUUGUCCCCACCCAUUUCAGGAUCUGACACAUCAGCGGACGGCCUUUACCACCACCAUUCGAGAAACAGCAGCGGGACAGGCUCCCCAUCGUCAUCCCGUGGACCUAGUUUAGUUCAUCGCCAAUCUCUUCGCUACAACCCCACCCCUUCCCCUACCACUAGCUCUUCUGGGCGACGUGGCCGUGCUCGUUCCUUAAACGACUCAGACGACGAAGACAACAUGGGCGCUACAUACGUAGAGAACUUGGCUCACACCAGAAAGGAGGCAACACGCAGACAGCGCAUCGAGGCUGAGCAAAGGCGAAGAGACGAAUUACGCGAUGGCUAUGCCAAAUUGAAGGACGUCUUACCAGUUUCUAACCAGAAGAGUAGCAAGGUGUCGCUACUCGAGCGAGCGACGAAUCACAUCAUCUUGCUGGAUAAACAGACACAAGAGAUGCAGGCUCGUCUCAUGCUGCUGGAGCAGGAGGUACAACGCCUUCGUGCUGUCAACGAGAAAAUCUCGCUUGGCACUAGCAACUCCCCUUCGCCGGGAAAUCUUCAUGGCGUCGAUGCUCGACCAUUGUCGCCUCCCCCUGAGCCUGGGAUGCCCACUCAUUCUCUUGCUCAUGUUCAAGGCCAAGAGCCCCCGCGAGAGGAUUCACGCAGUCCUGCUGCCUCGGAUUACUGAGGUGCUGUGGCUCACGCCAUUAUCAACGGACAUUGCUUCCAUCCAUUUUCAUCAU